AUGGGUGUGACCCAGGUCCUGUGUGUGGAGGGCUCCCCUUUCUGCGCUCUGCGCUCGCGGGUCAGAGCGACCCAGGCCCUGUGUUUCCAGGGCUCUCGCUCUGCGCUGGCGGGUCAGAGCGACCGUGCCAGCCACUGGCUGGCGAGGCGUGUGCCUCUGAGCGUAGUAGAGUGUCUGCGAGUGUCUGCGAGUGUGGCGAGGUUGUGCCCGGCUCCCGCUCUGCGCUAUGUGCUCUGUCCUCGCCGCUCUGCGCUCUCGGAGCGACCCAGGCCCUGUGUUUCCAGGGCUCUGCGCUUUGCGCUGGCGGGUCAGAGCGACCGUGCCAGCCACUGGCUGGCGAGGCGUGUGCCUCUGAGCGUAGUAGAGAGUCUGCGAGUGUGGCGAGGCUGUGCUCUGGGCUCACCGCUCUGCGCGCUGUGCUCUGUCCUCUGUGCUCUGCGCUCUCGGGUCAGAGCGACCCUGCCAGCCAGUGGCGAGGCGUGUGCCGUCGCACGUAGUAGAGUGUCUACGAGUGUGGCGAGGCUGUGCUCUGGGCUCACCGCUCUGCGCUCUGGGCUCUGGGCUCUGCUCUCGUGGGUCAGAGCGCAGAGCCAGCCGGCCGGCCGCUGCACAGCUCAGCGGACCCGCUCGGCUCCACCGAUCGGCCAUGGCCGCGCGUUUACGGCCGCGCAGGUUCUAGAACAGAUCUUGUCCAGCGUGGACCAAGAAGACUACUCGGAUUGCCAGGAGGAGGAAGAGGAAGAGGUUUCGGAAGACGAAGACGGGGAGGAAUACAACCCCGAGCGUCGCGGGUCGACGAUGCCUCUUCUCCCUCUUCUGAGGAAGAGCAGCAGCCCGAGGAAGAGCCGCCCGAGGACCGCGACGAGGAAGAGAUCUCCUCGGCCCCGGACCGACGGGAGCCGCCGUUGCUGUCGAAGAACGGCAAAAUCGAGUGGUCCCCGUGGCCUACGGCCGCCACCGCGGCCCCUGGCGAUCUGCCGCGCCGGGCCGGACCAGACUCCGGGCCCCACGGCCUAUGCCGCGACGCAGGCCCGCGACAUCGCGUCCGCCUUCCACCUGUUUGUCACGCCGGCGAUAGAAAGGAUAAUUGUGGAAAUGACGAACCUGCACGGGGCCAGAAAAUACGGCGACGGCUGGCGACCCAUGGACGCCACGGACCUGCGCGCCUACCUAGGGCUGCUGAUCCUAGCGGGCGUCUACAGGUCCCGGGGCGAGGCCGCGGCAAGCCUGUGGGACGCCGAGAGCGGCAGGACCGUGUUCCGAGCCACCAUGUCGCUCAAGGUCUUUCACAGGUACUCGAGGCUGCUGCGAUUCGACGACCGCCAGUCGAGACCCGCCAGACUCGCCACGGACAAACUCGCAGCCAUACGAGAGGUCUGGGACCUGUGGGAGGCGCGGCUGCCGGCCCUCUACAACCCGGGGCCCGACGUGACGGUGGACGAGCAACUGGUCCCGUUCAGAGGCCGCUGUCCCUUCCGUCAGUACAUCCCCAGCAAGCCGGCCAAAUACGGCAUCAAGUCGUGGGUGGCCUGCGACGCCAAGUCCAGCUACGCUUGGAAGAUGCAAGUGUACACCGGCAAGGCGGCCGGCGGAGGCCCCGAGAAGAACCAGGGGAUGCGCGUCGUCCUCGAUCUGACAACGGGCCUGAGCGGUCGCAACGUCACCUGCGACAACUUCUUCACCUCCUACGACCUGGGCCAGCGGCUCCUCGAGAGGAACCUCACCAUGGUGGGCACGGUGAGAAGGAACAAGGCCGAGCUCCCGCCCGCGCUGCUCGAGUCCAGGGGCAGACAGGUCCUGUCCUCCAGGUUCGCCUUCACGCCCACCGCCACUCUGGUGUCCUACCUGGCAAAGAGAAACAAGAACGUGCUACUCUUGAGCACGCUGCACACAGAGGGCCACAUCAGCGAUCGUCGCGACAUGAAGCCGGCCCUCAUCCUAGACUACAACUGCAACAAGGGCGGCGUGGACAACCUAGACAAGGUGGUGGGCACCUACAGCUGCAGACGGAUGACUGCCCGCUGGCCCCUGGUCGUCUUCCACAACAUCCUCGACGUGUCCUCCUACAACGCCUUUGUCAUAUGGCGAGAGAUCAAGCCUGACUGGAUGCCUGGCAAGCGGAACAAGCGCAGGGUGUUCCUCGAGCAGCUGGGAAAGGCACUCGUGAAGCCGCUGAUCCAAAGAAGGCAGCAUCUGCCCCGCACCGAAGCGGCGUCAGCCCUUGUCAAAGUCCUACAGAGUGCUACGGCGGCGCCUCCUGAUCAACAGAGCCAGGGCCCCGCCGCUGGCACGGCCGCUGCCCGCCCGUUGCCCGGCCACCACCGGGGCAAGUAA